UUUUCUGCUUCGCCGAUGUGCCCAUCGAGCGAUCACGGUGGUGUACCAGCGAAGUCGGCGGAGUCCCAUGUCUUGUCAUUCAUCUGGAAUGCGGCUAACAAGUCUAGCAUGAGGAACGUGGCAAGCAGGUUCGACCUGGCAGAGAGCUCUGUGCAUGGUACGCUGCACAGGGUUGCAGAUUUCAUCACUGAAAUGGGACCAACUGUCCUUACGUUUCCUGAUGACAUGGGCAAGCUGUCUAGGGAUUUUGAGAAGGUGUCUGGGAUACCUGGUGUGGUUGGCUGCAUAGAUGGAUCCUACAUCAAAAUCCAGUGCCCAAAGAAGAAGGCUGCAGCUACAUACUGCAACAGGCAUCACUACCUCUCCAUCACUCUACAAGCAGUCUGUGACAACAGAAGACGUUUUGUUGAUGUACUUGUAGGGAGCUCAAGCAGAACCCACGACGCACCUGUUUUCCGCCAGUCAGCCUUGGCCACUAAGCUUCCAGGCCUGUGUCAGGGUGACAAGUACCAUCUCUUGGGUGACGCAGCCUAUCCUUUGAGACAAUAUCUCCUGACACCCUACAGAGACUACAGGAACCUCUCAAAAGCCCAAAGGGAGUUCAACAAGAAGUUCUCAGCAACCCGUGUGCUGAUAGAGAAUGCCUUCCGUCAACUCAUGUACUUGGAGCUGCACACGGUUGAUUGGCUCAACAAAUUUAUUCUUGUAUGCUGUGUUUUGCACAAUCUUUGCACUGGGCACUGA